UAGAGGCACAGAGGGAAAAAGAGGACAGCGAGGUGCAAAACGGAUCCUGCUGACGCCUAUCCCAUCUCUCUUUCAGCACCAAGGACACAUCCUCUCAGCGGCUGACCCAGGCAACGUUGUUAGGGUCCCUCCCAAAUCCUCUAGAGAAAACGGAUGCAUUCUAAAGCAGCUAUGAAACAUGCAGUAAGGUCUAAUAGAAAAGCCGGAAAAGCAGCACACAAGUAAUUUUACCUCAGAGGCAAAAAUGGGUGAUUUUCUUUCUGUUCAUUUCCAUGGUUCCUGUGUCCUGGGAAAGGCGAAGUUUGCUUUGCUUGGGGUAUAUCUGCGUCAGUAAAUGGCUGCAGCAGCUGAGGUGCUAAACUCUGCGGUCUUCAGAAACCAGAAGAAAUUUUCAGGGAAACCCCUUGGGGUCACACCCCUCCUUCUGAGCUAUGGCACCUCUGAGCCAGCUGAGUGACCACGUGAACUCCACCUGUGGAGCAGAGAACUCCACGGGUGCCAGCCAGGCCCGCCCGCAUGCCUACUACGCCCUCUCCUACUGUGUGCUCAUCCUGGCCAUCGUCUUUGGCAACGGCCUGGUUUGUGUGGCUGUGCUGAGGGAGCGGGCCCUGCAGACCACCACCAACUACCUGGUGGUGAGCCUGGCUGUGGCAGACUUGCUGGUGGCCACCUUGGUGAUGCCCUGGGUGGUAUACCUGGAGGUGACAGGUGGAGUCUGGAAUCUCAGCCGCGUUUGCUGCGAUGUUUUUGUCUCCCUGGAUGUCAUGAUGUGUACAGCCAGCAUCCUGAACCUCUGUGCCAUCAGCAUAGACAGGUACACCGCGGUGGUCAUGCCAGUUCACUACCAGCAUGGCACAGGACAGAGCUCCUGUCGGCGUGUGGCCCUCAUGAUUACAGCCGUCUGGGUACUGGCCUUUGCCGUGUCCUGCCCUCUCCUCUUUGGCUUCAACACCACAGGGGACCCCACUGUCUGCUCCAUUUCCAACCCUGAUUUUGUCAUCUACUCUUCAUUGGUGUCCUUCUACCUGCCCUUUGGAGUGACUGUCCUCAUCUAUGCCAGAAUCUAUGUGGUGUUGAGACAAAGGAGACGGAAACGGAUUCUCACUCGACAGAACAGUCAGUGCAUCAGUGUCAGGCACAGCUUCCCCCAACAAUCCCUGUCUCCUGGACAGGCACACAUGGAGCUGAAGCACUACUACAGCAUCUGCCAAGACUCCGCCUUGGGGCAACCACGCUUCCAAGAAGAAGGAGAGUUGAAAAAGGAGGAGAGGACUUGGAACUCCUUGAGCCCCACCAUGGCACCCAAGCUCAGCUUAGAGGUUCGAAAACUCAGUAAUGGGAGGUUAUCAACAUCCCUGAAACUGGGGCCCCUGCAACCUAGGGGAGUGCCACUUCGGGAGAAGAAGGCAACCCAAAUGGUGGCCAUUGUGCUUGGGACCUUCAUUGUCUGCUGGCUGCCCUUCUUCUUGACCCACAUUCUCAAUACCCACUGCCAUGCAUGCCACGUGUCCUCAGAGCUCUACAGCGCCGCCACGUGGCUGGGCUACGUGAACAGUGCCCUCAACCCUGUCAUCUACACCACCUUCAAUGUCGAGUUCCGCAAAGCCUUCCACAAGAUCCUGUCUUGCUAAAGGAGGAAAAGAGGAAACAUUCCUCCUACCUACGUCUAGCUGCCAGGCCACUGGGCCACU